CCUUCAGGCAGAAGAGACCAUGACUUCUGUCAAAGAGCAGGAAGCCAUCAGGAAGCUCAUGGGUUUCUUGCAGGAAUGGGAUCAUGCCCACCAAGCUGCUCGAAGCUGCAUCCUGGACAACUUCAUUAAAAGCAACAUUGGCAAGACAGAACCAGCACUGGAGCUGGAGUUCUCCCAGGGAGCCAGCUUGUUUCUGGCUCGCCUGACAGCAUGGCUCAGGAUGACCUACAUGUACAGCACAUGCCUUGCCAAGCUCCUCAAGGCCAUUGGCAUCUUCCUGUCUGCUGCAAGUGGACACAGAUACCUUCUUGAGUUUCUGGAGGUUGGAGGCAUCUCCAUUCUCCUGCAAAUACCGGGGCUGAACCACCUGAAAGAAGAGGACAAAAGGGAGUCUAUAAAGCUGCUACAGGUCGUCGCAGAUGCUGGCAGGAAGUACAAGGAGCUCAUUUGUGCCAGCUCCAGGGUGCAAUCCCUCGCUGAGUUCUUGGCCACUUCCAGCUCAGCAGAAGCUCAAGAAGAUGUGCAGGUUCUGCUGGACUCUUUGGGCCAUGGCAAUCCCAAGUACCAGAGCCAAGUCUACAAAAGCCUUGUUGCUGUGGUGCCGUGCGCCUGCCCCCGAGCCCAGCAGCUGGCCCUGCAGACGCUGCGGGUCAUGCAGAUGGGUUCCCGUCUCUGUACCUGUGGAGCUGGUGCUGGGCGUGCUGUGCACCUGGAGGUCCAGCACGAAGGUAGGACCUCGGCGCUGAGGCUGGCUGUCUCCAGGCGCGGGCAAGGCUGGCGGGGCCUGGGGAUGGAGGGUGCCGUGCGGCGCGGCCCCGGUAACGCCGUCCGCCGCUGCCGCUCCCGGGGGCUGCGGACCCCGGCGUGGGGCUGCGACCGUGUGCGCCCACGGGGCCGGGUCCAAGACGGGGCUGGGGCCGCGGGCAGAGGGCGCGGCGCAGGUCACCGUGUCCGCGGCAGCGACAGCCGCAGCCUCUGCCCUCGCCACCGAGCUCCGGGCCGCGGCGGCGCAAGCGGCAGGCGCAGCCUCCCGGCCGAUCCUCCGUCUUUGCGCGGCCUCGCCCCUGCAGACAACGUGACCCGAUCCCGCGCUGUCCGCCAGCUGCCCCGACCCUCCGACCCGUGCAGGCCCCGCCCCGCGGUCGCUGUGGUGGUGCCGGGGGCGGGCCGGGUAUUAGCAUGGAGCUGCUCGGCAGGCUCCCGCCAGCGUACCCAGGCUGCCGAGCGCGGGGCGCCGCGCCGGGCCGCCAGCCGCCGCCGCUCCGAGCCCCCCGCCGCCAGCCCCGGGCCGCGCCGGCAGUGUCGGCAGCGUGGCGGGCCGCUGCCGGGCCGGGUGACGCGGCAGGAGGCAGGAGAGACGUCGCCGUGUUCUAAGGGGCUGCGGCCCACGUACCUUAUUGGGACGUGCCUCAUUAGCGUGUCGCUCAUUAGCAUGCGGCUGCUUUGCAUGGCCAGGGUGCACCGCGGCUCCAUCCCAGCCGCGCCGAUCCCCGCCGGUGCCGCCCGGCCGUCGGUGUUCGCAGGGUUCGCGCCCCGCGGCGAGUUACUGAAGGCUCUCAUGCCCCGGCGGGUCCGGUCAUCGCUGCUGAAGGGCCUGGUUGCACUACUGUCACCAGCUGGGAGGAAAGUAUUUACCCUCUGCUGCACGACCGACAAAGGCCCGACCACGCAUUGCCUGAGAGAGCCCAUGCUGGUGUAUAUUCAGCAAGCAGCAGCUGCAAAAGCUGUCGGCAUGUUAGCCAAGGAGUCAGCAGAAGUGGCUGAAGAGCUGAUCCAGCUGCAAGUGGUGCGUGGCCUGAUGGUUGCUGUGGGGAACCUGGACCAUGUGGCCAGCCAGCACCAUGCCAGCAUCUCCCUGGAGUAUUUUGUUCACGCGUUUCCCUGUGUGGAGGAGUGCAUGAGGAAGGCACCAGGAGACACACUGUUCAAGGACUGCAUGGACAGUCCUGAGACCUGGUAUACAAAAAUGGACCCAGUCCAGGGUGCAGAACUGGCCUCCAAUACAGUGGACAUCCCCCAAGCCAGGGCCAGGCUGCAGUACUCAGGAGGUGGGUACAGAGCUGAAGGCACAGUCACUUAA